CUCCGCAUAUGUACGUUCUGCCGUUCGCACUGGGUCCAUUCCGCUGUCGAGUGCUCGUGUUCGUCUGUUAGCUGGGAAAAUUGUGAAAUCCUUCGCAAUGGAUGCUUCCAUUUGCAAAGUCUCGCGAAAUAUUGUGAGCUAGUGCAAAGACGCCACUGCAAACUGACUUGUGAACGCUUUGUGUGCGGAGAUUAGUUUUUCGUUUGCGUGUGGUGUUGGGAGAAAAGUGACUGGACGUCGGUCGUAGCCGUCGCCGUCGCUGCCGACUAUCGUGCUCGCGCCCGAUCGCGGAGACAUUGCAAGUUUUGCCAGCCGCGCUGACGAAGUGCAAAUUUUUUGCGGUGCCUGAAUCCAGGCUGCAUCGGUAGCAGCAGCUGCUGUGAAACAUUUGUCCAAUUGUCCACGAGCGCGGCCACAUCCGUGUCCGAGGAAUCGUCGAUUGCGCGAGCAACCCCUUGCCCGGUCGCCAGUCUGAAUCGUCGGAAGCAGUUAGAAUAGGAAAACUCAAAAAUGGAACGUGCGGUCGAAAGCUGAACCCGCGAACGCGUGAAAAUGUGUGAAGUUUGUAGCUAAAAUCUCCUUAUUUUCUUUUAUUUCCAUAAAGUUAUCGUUUACCGGAGCCGCCGCCACUAAUUGAGCGCAAAUUUGUUUUAAAUUUUUUUCGUUACUUUGUGAAAUCGAGAGCAGGUCGCGUACCGCCAGUUUGUGUGCAGUCAGUCCCCCUACUUGUCCGCCGCAGAGGUUAUAAUCGCGAAAAUCCCGACUGCAGUCAUGUCGUCCACCCUAGCCUAGCCCGGAGUUCCGGCACCCCAGCGAGAAUCUGCCGAUUUUCUGCCACCUGCUCUGUCCCGGGUCAUCAGUUCCGCCCGACGAGCGCUGUGUCAAGUGUGAAUUUCGUGCCGUUUAGCCGGUGUUGAGUUGCCGGUCAGUCCUUGGGAGACACGCCAAAUUCCCGACAACCCCGGGCUUAGCGAGCCGCCUGGACGUGCGAGAAGUGUUGACGUUUUAUCGCAGCCAAAAUGGUAAAGGAGAAGCCGAACUCGACUCGAAUUUACGACAAGGAUGGCUACCGAAGGAGGGCGGCGUGCAUUUGUGUACGCUCGGACGCCGAGGCUGAGGUCCUUCUUGUAACAUCUUCCCGUCGACCAGAACUUUGGAUAGUACCGGGUGGUGGCGUUGAACCAGAGGAAGAACCUUCUGUAACGGCUGUACGAGAAGUUCUAGAGGAAGCAGGUGUUAUUGGGAAACUUGGUCGCUGUUUAGGUGUUUUUGAGAACACGGAACACAUGCAUCGGACGGAAGUAUUCGUUAUGACUGUUACCGAGGAAUUGGAAGAAUGGGAAGAUUCUCGAACUAUUGGGCGAAAACGACAAUGGUUUUCAAUCGAUGACGCUCUAGCCCAAUUAGCACUGCAUAAACCGACACAGAGACAUUACUUGCAACAAUUAAGGCAUUCAAAGAAUUCAACAUCAUCUUCACCACUCCCAUCGCCCACGUCAUCAUCGUGAAAAACAAGGAUCUAAAAUAUACAAGAAGCACUCACAGCUAACACUUCAAUCCUCAGUUUACAUUUUUUUGUUCCUGUUUUGUCUUUCGGUAUGGAUCGAUUCAAUUCUCAUUAAAACACCACAGUAAACAAGUGAAAUUAUGUACGCCGUUUAUCAAAUAAACAAGCCGAUACAAAGUAUAUGUACGUUAAUUCUAAUUUCCUAAUUGUCUGUUUUACAAUAGGCACACAAAAUGUAUUUCUGCAGGACAAGUAAUAUUUAGAUACAUACACUAGAUUUUAGAAGAGAAAGAAACUAAUCAAGUUAUUAUUAUAUUCUUUGAAGAAAUAAAAAAAAUAUCUUAUAUGAAUAAAGAAUAAUAUUAAUAAUGGAUAAAAGCCAGCAGUAAAAUAAAUGAAAAUGUCAUAAACGAUUAUUCGAGAACAGAUUAAAGAGAACACCACUAAUGAUUUUACUCCUCUGUAGGAUUUAAGUGUCAUUCGAUUCAAAGUAGAUGAAAAUACACUCCCAAAUAUUGCUACUAGUAUUGUUUCUUUUCGGGGGCGUCACCUCCACUCGGGGGCUGACUCGGGCUGAAAGCAGACCUGAACUAGUGUCGUCAUCAUAAAUUGUUCGUUUCACGAAGGGAACGGGUUUUACGCACUUUCUUCUGUUGAUUUGCAAAUGGCAAUUGGAUGUUGAGCUGAAUUUUUUAUACAAGUUUUUUACCGGUGAACAAUUCAAAACAAUGAUUGUAUACUUAAUUUUUUAGAAGAGGAAAACAAAAGUAAGUUUAAAUCAAAAUUAUAAAGUGAUUUCUAAAAUUCAAACUAAAUUGAAGAAAAAAGGGAUGAAAUAUAAAUAAGAAACUUGGUACAUAAUAAGAACAUAAAUACGCAUCAUUUGGUAUUUUUAUACUAUAAGUAAUAUGAGCUCUCACUUUUUUACUCGAAACAUUGAAUAUUUUACGAUAUGAAAAUGAGAAGAAAUCAAUUUUUGGCGGUCCUCUGCUUUAAUUUAUUUCCUAUCGCAACUUUUGAACUCUUUACAUUUUAGAUGAAUCAUUAUUAAAAUAAGUAAAACAACAAAAAAAAUUAACAUUCUCUAAUCAAGUUGAAAAUUGUAACAUAGCUGCAAAUAAAACAAACAAAACAAACCAACAAAAAAACAGCAAACUAAUAAAACCGAUCAUCGCAGACAGUAUGUAUUUAUACUUCCAUUAAUCUUAGCAUUCUCGGAAGGAUUGAACAAUUCAUAAGAUUACGCAUGCAAAAUGACCACUUGUUUUUGGUGGUUUCAAAAAAGUUCUAUUAUUUUGAGUGGUUCACUAAAGAAAAAACCUUGAAAUCAUUUUCUGUGUUAAGUUUGUAAGCUUUCUGUUAAGUAUAAGUAACUUUUUUGAAUAGUAGAAUGCAUGAAGGAAAAAACAACUUUCCUAUUAAGAA